CAUCGAUGGCCGGCAUGGAUAAGUCAUAAGUCGCCUCAUGGAUAGGCAGUUAGGGACUUCAAUGGCUCCCUCUCCUGCUUUGCAGUUCUUGGGCCUUGUAUGCUUGGCAGCAGCAUCGGCUCUUAGCACUGUCAUCCAUGGCCAGCCCGGUUCUGCAGAUUUCUUCAGCAUCGACUGCGGCAUCCCCGCGGACCAGACCUACCCUGACCGGUCCAUCCCGGGCAUCGUCUACGUCUCCGACGCCGGCUUCACCGACGCGGGGCUCACCGCCGGCGUCAAACCGACGUACGUCGGGCCGAACCUGCACGACAGGUACCGAACCCUUCGGUACUUCCCCGGCGGCGCCGCCGCGCGGAGCUGCUACACGCUCCGGCCGGUUACGCCCGGCGGCAAGUACCUCGUCAAGGCCAGCUUCUUCUACGGCAACUACGACGGGCUGGACGAGCCUCCCGUCUUCGACCUCCACCUCGGCGCCAACCGCUGGUGGACCACCCUGCAACUGCUCGCCACCAACACGUACAGCGUCGAGGCGUUGACCGUGCCGCCGGGAGACUCCUUGCAGGUGUGCUUGGUGAAUACAGGUUUGGGUACACCAUUCAUCUCUGGGCUUGACCUGAUGCCGCUCGGGGCCACCAUGUACCCGGAGGCCACGGUCAACCAGUCACUAGUUCUGCUCAGGAUUGCCCGGCCAUCAGCCGCAUUCAGUUUCAACCGAUAUCAUUUCUGGCCAGCCGAUCAAUUGUUUAGGUACCCCACUGAUAGGUAUGACCGCCACUGGCAAAGAUACGGCGAUGUUUCUGCACUGACCAACAUAACAACCACGGAAACUGUCGACGUCUCAGGUAUCAGCAACUUCGACAAGCCAACGAAGAUACUGCAGAGCACUGCCACUCCAGUGAAUGGAACCCGAAUCGACAUCACCUGGAGCCCAGAUCCCGCCUCGAGUAGUGACAACUCGACGUACCUUCUGCUGCUUUACUUCGCAGAAGUUCAGAGAUUGCCGCGCAAUACCCUGAGGCAGUUUGAUAUCCUUGUGGACAACGCUACAUGGAAUGGUAGUCAGGGCUUCACACCGAGAUACCUUUCGGCAGAGAUCGUGAAAAGGAUGGUGCGGGCGGCGCGCCAACACACCUUCUCGCUUGUCGCCACACCAGAGGCCACGCAUCCACCCAUCCUGAAUGCUUUCGAGAUAUACACAGUAAAGCCAAUGACUGAGCCUACGACGAAUGACAUGGAUGCUAAGGCCAUGAUAACUAUUCGCACAACGUAUGCGGUGAAGAAAAACUGGAUGGGUGAUCCUUGUGCCCCAAAAACAUAUGCUUGGGAUGGCUUGAACUGCAGUUAUUCAUCAUCUGACUCUGCAUGGAUAACAGCUCUGCACUUAUCAUCUUGUGGGUUGACUGGUGAUGUUGAUCCUUCGUUUGGAUAUCUAAAAUCCCUCCAACAUCUGGAUCUGUCAAAUAAUAGUCUGUCUGGUCGCGUGCCAGAUUUUCUAGCGCAAAUGCCAUCAUUGAAAUUCCUGACUGAAAUUGUUGUUCCAAUAGCAGUCGCAACUCUACUGUUUGUGGCAGCAUUUCUUAUCUUCCGAAUUAUGAGAAAAAGAAAAGAUGCAUGGAUGGCAAACAACUCAAGGCUUCACAGCCCACGAGGUAGGGCGAAUACAUUUCAGAGCAGACAGUUCACCUACAAGGAGCUGAAGGUCAUGACAUCUAACUUCAGAGAAGAAAUAGGGCGAGGUGGGUUUGGUGCUGUGUUCCUGGGCUAUUUGGAGAACGGAAGUCCAGUCGCCAUCAAGAUGUGUUCAAAAACAUCCUCCCAAGGGGAUAAGGAAUUUUUAGCUGAGGCUCAGCACUUGACUAGAGUUCACCACAGGAACCUGGUUUCCUUGGUAGGAUAUUGCAAGGACAAGAAACAUCUGGCCCUUGUCUAUGAAUACAUGGAAGGAGGAAGCCUAGAGGGCCGUCUAAGAGGAGAGGCCUCUGCAGCUACACCCCUCACCUGGCAUCAACGUCUCAAGAUUGCUCUCGACUCUGCCCAAGGAUUGGAGUAUCUGCAUAAAUCAUGCCAACCGCCGCUGAUCCAUAGGGAUGUGAAGACACAGAACAUUCUGCUAUCGGCCAAUCUUAAGGCGAAGAUAGCUGACUUUGGGCUCAUGAAGGAGUUUUCGGAUGAGUACAGGACCCAUGUCACCACCCACCCGGCAGGCACCUUGGGGUAUCUUGACCCUGAAUACUACAACACAUCGCAGCUAAGUGAAAAGAAUGAUGUAUACAGCUUUGGAGUUGUGUUGCUAGAGCUUAUCACAGGCCAGCCACCGGCGGUUCCCAUCGGCGAUACCGAGAGCAUCCACAUUGCUCAGUGGGUGCGCGAGAAGCUUUCGGAGGGCGACGACAUCGAGAGCAUUGCUGACCCGAGGAUGGAGAGGCAGUACGAUGUCAACUCUGUUUGGAAGGUUUCAGAGUUGGCACUGCAGUGCAAAGAAGAGCCAUCACGGACACGACCAGCAAUGACUGACGUGGUGGUGGGGCUGAAGGAAUGUUUGGAGCUAGAGGUGUCUCGUGCAAUGAGCUACUACAGCUCAGUCGCAAGCAGUGCAAGAAAUGUCAGUGUAACAAGUGUUGAUUUGCACAUUGAAGCUCAAGCAAGCGAUUAUCUGAGACAGCAGGCCGCGCUUGAGUUGGAACAGGUAGGCACUGCUUCAGCAACUCAUGUAGGUCCCACAACAAGAUGAGACCGGCCAACCGGUAAAAUUUGUGUCCCUCCGCCCCAAAAUACUAUUCGUUUUAACUUAUGUACGUAAAUAUAUAAUAUACCUAGGUGCAUAUCAAAAAAUAUGCACUAGAGAAAUCACAUAAUGAGCAACCGAGGGUAGGGAUAAUCGUCCAGGUGGAUGGAUGUGUGCCACUUGUUACUGAGGGGAUCUACUACUAACGCAUGUAUGCUACGUUCAGGUAUCAAUAGUACUUGCUAAACCGGACCAUGUAACAUAGUCCUCGCAAACUUGGAUC